CUUGAUGUUGGAGACAUCUUCCAGACACCUAGGCUGAAGAGCCAGCUUCUCCAUCACUACUUUUGUGCUACACAGACACCUUCGGUCAAGGACCAUGUUCCUCCUGAUUUCACUUCUCCUGUGUGCACUGAAGGUAUCCUCCUUAGAGCUGACCACCUGUGAGGAUGCCCAGAAGGUCUCUGUGCUCACCUGUGGCAGCCCAGGCCGAGAUGGUCGAGAUGGAGCUAAAGGAGACAAAGGAGAUCCAGGUGAGGGGCUCCGGGGCUUACAGGGCCCGCCAGGAAAAUUAGGGCCUCCUGGACCUUCAGGAGCAAGAGGCCCAAAAGGAGACCCUGGAGACAGCUUUGUUGCCCAAACUAAGCUGGAUGCUUUAGAGAAGGAAAUACACAAGCUAAAGUCAGAACUGGACCGUGUUAAAAAAUUGCAAGCCUUCUCUCUGGGCAAAAUGCCUGAGAAGAAAUUCUACGUGACCAAUGGUAAGAAGGUGCCUUUCACCAAAGCCAAGUUUCUGUGCACAGAGCUGGGGGCCACUGUGGCUGUCCCCAAGAAUGCUGAGGAGAACAGGGCCAUUCAAAGUGUGGCCAAAGACGCUACCUUCCUGGGCAUCACAGAUGAGGAGGUGGAAGGCACAUUCACCUAUGUGACAGGUGGCGGGAGGCUUGUCUACAGCAACUGGAAAGAGAACGAGCCAAAUGACUACGGCUCAGGGGAAGACUGUGUGUGCAUGAGAGUGGACGGGCUCUGGAAUGACAUCUCCUGCACAACCUCCUUGAACUUUGUCUGUGAAUUCCCAGCCUGAGGAGACAGCUUAUUGCUGCUCUUCUCCCUGGGUCUAUACUAAGCGAUCUGCUGCCACUUGUAAAGAGAAUCCACUGCUGGUUUU